AGGAGAGAGAAAAUGGGGGAGAUGGAAAUGAUGAUGAGAGGGAGGGAAGAAAUAGAAAUGGGAGAAGACUUAACCCGACCACUCCCUCCUCUUUCCUUUUCCCUCCACCAUUCCCUCCUCCUCUCCCACUGCUCCUCCUGCUUUUCUCCUCUCCCCUCCUCCCCUUUGCCUCCCAUUUUCCCCCCUCGUUUCCCUCCCUCCAAUUCCAACCCCAAAAUCCUCUACUGCUCCUCCCAAUGCUCCUUCUCCGAUUCCCCCCUCCACUUCUCCUCCGCCGAGCACCACCUCCUCUGCCUCCUCCCCUCCGCCGCUGCCGCCGACUCGUCAGACCUCCGGGCCGCCCUCCGCCUCCUCGAAUCCAAUCCAGCCACGCGUCGUUCCUCCUCCGUAAGCCGCAUCGCCGGCCUGUCCACUAAUCUCCACAAAUUAGCGAAUGACGACGAGGAGGAGGUCGCCGCCAGAAUUCGCGACGGAGCUAGAGCUAUGGCGGCGGCGAGAAGGAUGAGAGACCGCGACUGCAGCGGCGAGGAAUCGGAGGGGGAGGAAGAGGCUAUGGCGGCGGCGGCACUGUGCGCUGUGCUAACGAAUGGCGUGGAGGUGCAGGUUAAGAGCGGGCGCACCCUCGGGGUGGCGGUGUACGGCGGCGGAGGGUUUUCGUGGAUCAACCAUAGCUGUUCUCCCAACGCCUGUUACCGGAUUUCUUUGCAUUCGGACCUCCAAACGACGUCGUUUUUACCAGACCAUGAGACGGCGGCCAUGAGAAUCGUCCCCUGUUGUAAUAAAGAAACUCAAACAGAGAGUGGUGUUUGUAGCAAUAUUAUUAGUGUCUUAUCAACAAAAGAGUGUGGGUGUUCUUAUGGACCAAGAAUCAUAGUUAGGAGCAUCAAGAGGAUACAGAAAGGGGAAGAAGUAACUGUGGCUUACACUGACCUAUUGCAGCCUAAGUCUGUGAGGCAAUCAGAUUUGUGGUCAAAGUAUCGUUUUAUCUGCUGUUGUAGUAGAUGUGGUUCGGUGCCCCCAACUUACAUGGACCGUGUUUUGGAGGAAAUUUCUGUUGUCAAUGGUAAUUCGUCAAGUUCCGAUAGUGGCUUUUACAGAGACAAGGCAACACAAAUGUUAACACAGUAUAUUGAUGAUGCUAUAUCUGACUAUCUUUCAAUUGGUGAUGCUCAAUCUUGUUGUGAGAAGCUUGAUCAUGUCCUCACUCGAGGUCUUCCCGAUGAGCAGUUAGAACGUAAUGAGGGAACGUCUCUGCCGACAUAUACUUAUUGGCUGCAUCCUCUGCACCAUUUAUCUCUAAAUGCGUACACGACACUGGCUUCGGCAUAUAAAACUUGUUCAAAUGACAUGUUGGCUUUGUUUUCUGAAGCGAACGAAAAUCUUUGUGUAGCUUUUGACAUGAGCAGGACCAGUGUAGCGUAUUCCUUGUUGCUUGCAGGUGCAACUAACCAUCUCUUUCAGUUUGAACCUUCUCUAAUUGCAUCUGUUGCGAAUUACUGGGUUAGUGCAGGGGAGUCCUUGUCGACUUUUGCUAGAAGCUCAAUGUGGAGGGAGCUUAUCCCUUUGUCAAGCCUAUCUUCCAUCAUAAGGCAUAACUGCCUUAAGUGUUCGUUGGGUAACAAAUACGAAACUGGCUCAUUUCAUAGCCAAGUCCAGUAUGAAGAUUUUGCGCAUGUAUCAAGCAAGUUUCUCGACUGUGUUACUGAUUACAUGCAAAAAGUUUGGCAUCUUCUUGUUCACGGUUGCAACCAUUUAAGAGUAUUUAAGGAUCCCUUGGACUUCAGCUGGCUUGUGACUGCAAAAUAUUCCAGUAUGUGGGAAAUUUGCAGUCAUUGUAGUAGUAACAAUAUAGGUUCCAACAGUGACAUUUAUGAAAAUAUUCCUCUAUGUGAAGCGCAGGGAUGCACCACGCAGGUAAGAAUCCAUCUCUUUCAACUUGGCGUUCAUUGCUUACUAUAUGGAGCAUAUCUAUCAAGCAUAUGUUUUGGUAAGCAUUCUUAUUUGACCUGUCAUGCUCAGAACAUUUUAGACACUGUGGAACAUGAUUGAUCCUUGUCAUGUUCCAAACUGAGUUGUGAAAAGUUUUUAGUUUAUGAGGCAGUAAGUGAAAUUAUGGUUUUGUUAAGAGUUGACCUCUAAAAUUUUGAUUUGCUUUUGGUUUGUAGACUUGUGAAGAGUAAAAAAGAUAGAAAAUAUUUACUGAAUUUCAGAUACAAAUUGAUCCGACAUAUUUCUACUGCAUUGUUUUCCAAGCUCCUUUAUUUUAUUUCUUGGUGUGGCUAGAAGCAAAUGUGGUGUUAAUGAAUACUCUUUGGUGAAACAGAAAAUAUGGAGUGUAAAUAUCAAGUUCCAAUAUGCAGACUAGUACGACAGUAGCAUUCUUGUGUCACUCAUUGUUACUGGUUUUGCUUGCAUAAUUCAUACAUGUUUGUUCUUGUUACCAUAACAAUUUCUUGACCCCCCCUUUUUUUUAUAUGUAAGUACAUUUUUUUGUUAAAUUCUAUU